AUGACCGCCGAUAUGGACACCCAGAACGAAUACGACGAGAGCGGGCUUCCUGGCCCAGGUGCGCCGACACCACUGUCUGCUUUAGAGGGAGUGGCGGGGCUUACGGCCAGAGAUAUUAAACUGUUUGUUGAGGAAGGCUACCGGACGGUUGAAGCGAUUGCAUAUACACCUAAGAGGGUAUUAGAACAGAUCAAGGGCAUCUCCGAGCAGAAGGCCACAAAAGUCCUCGUUGAAGCUGCGAAGCUGGUUCCGAUGGGAUUCACAACCGCUACGGAAAUGCAUGCCCGACGAAGCGAACUAAUCUCGAUCACAACGGGUUCAAAACAACUGGAUACUCUGCUAGGGGGUGGUAUUGAGACGGGCUCGAUCACCGAAAUCUUCGGUGAAUUUAGAACCGGAAAAAGUCAAAUAUGCCACACGCUUGCGGUGACUUGUCAACUUCCUUUCGACAUGGGUGGAGGUGAAGGUAAAUGUCUUUACAUCGACACCGAGGGAACUUUUCGACCGGUGCGACUUCUUGCCGUUGCCCAGCGAUUCGGUCUCGUCGGAGAAGAGGUCCUUGACAAUGUGGCAUAUGCUCGCGCGUAUAACUCCGAUCAUCAGCUACAGCUACUAAACCAAGCAUCGCAAAUGAUGUGCGAGACCCGAUUCUCGCUGCUGGUUGUCGAUUCUGCAACGUCGCUCUACCGAACCGACUUCAAUGGUCGGGGUGAAUUGUCAUCCCGCCAAACUCACCUGGCCAAAUUCUUGCGGACCCUCCAGCGAUUAGCGGACGAAUUUGGUAUCGCAGUGGUCAUAACAAACCAAGUUGUUGCGCAGGUGGACGGUGGCCCCAGUGCCAUGUUCAACCCCGAUCCCAAGAAACCAAUUGGUGGUAAUAUCAUCGCGCAUGCCAGUACGACCCGACUCAGCUUGAAGAAGGGCCGAGGCGAGACCAGAGUCUGCAAGAUCUACGACAGUCCUUGUCUCCCCGAAAGCGAUUGCCUCUUUGCGAUUAACGAGGAUGGUAUCGGGGACCCAAGCCCCAAGGACUUGGAAAAUGAAUGA